AUGUUCCGACCCAUCUGCGCCGCCGCCGCCGCACCCGCCGCGACUGACACUGUGCGCUUCGUCGCUGGUAACUACCACAGCGACUCGAUGCUCGACGCCGCGCACGACGACAUCAUCUACGACGAGCUGAACGUGGUGCUCACGCGCUCGUCGCCGUCGCCGCAUCUCGUGCGCGCCGUCGCGCCCGUCGCGCUGUGCGCAGCGCCGCACGAGACGAGACAGCGCUACGACCACAUGGUCGUGGCCGUCGAGGCGUCGUCGACGAGCCAGACGGUGAACGGCUUGCUGGACCCCACGCGCCACGACUCGGCGCGAAGCUUCUUGUCCAUUGCCGACGUCGCUCCGCUGUCGAACGUGUCGCUUGCGAAGGUGGGGACGCCGUCGACGGCCCGCUACGUACUGGACGAGACGGUGAAUGACGCGACCGUGCGAGCAACGAGAGACAGCGACGAGAGCGCGACGACGACGACGACUGGCGCAGGAGCGAACGAGACGACGCGGCCGCAAGCGACGACGGCCGUGGGCGACGUGUACCGGUACCACGCGACGGACGUGGAAGAAGACGAGAUGGAGGAACUUCGUUGGAAGAUCCUCGAGCAGGUGUUCCAGCGGUACUCGCAGCAAGAGCAAAAGUGCGAAGAGUGGGGCCGAUAUACGGAACAAGACACACGAGUGGCCUUUGUGCACGGUGCAAGACGCGCGAGUAUUAUGGCCGAGAAGAAGUUCCACGACAAUGCCGUUCGUGACGCUAUGGGCAAAGCGAACGCUACGUGGGUGGAAGAGCGACGCAAUCGGGUGCAGGAGGAAGUCCGUCAGUUUUACCGCGACGAAAUGCGGCACAAACAGGCGUUGACGCUGACCCGUCUGGAAAAAGUGUCGCCGUUCUCCAAGUUUCCGGUUCUUGGCAACCGCUUUUUACCGCUUCGUCUGCGAGGAAAAGGAGGCCACGGGGAAGUGUGGGACGUGGUCGAUUAUGCUAACAACAAGGAGCUUUGCGCUCUCAAGCUGUCGACGUCCAUUUGCCACGCCCAGCGCGAACAUCGCGUGCAUUCGAGACUCGGCCACCCGAACAUUGUUCAAGUUGGCAAAGUGUCGUUCAUUAUUCGAUACCAGCGGCGACUCUACACUGCGUUCACUGUCGCUAGUGUCCAUUCCGACCUGCAGCAGCUUAUUGAGAUGUACGGGUACUUCGACGACGACUCUGCAUACAAGGUGCUUUCGCAGCUAUUGAGUGCCCUGAAGUACUUGCACGAAGACAUGGGCGUUGCUCACUACGAUUUGAAGCCGUCGAACAUACUGAUCGAUCAAGACGGGUGUGUAAAGCUGACUGACUUUGACCUGGCGCGCGAUGUUAAAUCGCCUACGUCAAAGUCUACAGUCGGGACUCUACGGUACCUUCCGCCUGAGUGUUUUUGUCCGAAACGGGGUGAUUGCGCAGCCACAGCCGAGAAGGCCGAUAUGUGGAUGGUGGGAGUCGUCUAUUGCAUGAUGAUCACUGGAAAACACCCGAUCUGUCCAGAUAAGCCGACCCAUGCGGAAGUGAAGUCAAUGAUGAGUCGGUACAAGGGCGAGUUACGCUACGCGCGGCCUGUUUCGGAUUUGUCAAGGUGGAUCUUACAAGGAUGUCUUCAGCCAGAUCCACGGUGCCGACCAACGGCCGCGCAAUUGCUGCUGGCACUACAAAACGUGAUGCUGCAGCAAUGCCCUACGCGCUGA